GUCCGAUGUCGUUCCGGAUAUUUAAAACUACGACAGUUCCCGUGCUGUGGCAAGUCAGCCUACGUGAGCAUGACAGCUCUAACUCUUAGUUUUAAAUUGCGCUGAAGGCUUUUCGCUUUUUGUUCCUCCCACACCCCGAGAAAGCUUCGCGAAGGUGACGCGAUAAGAGACGAUAAGCACAUUGCCGAGUUUUACUUGCUUGAGUCAGCGAGUCAACGAAUACAAGCGUGCUUGGAAACCGCAACGACGUUAUGAGCGACUCCAAGGACCAGUACGAUGCGACGAAACCGCACGUCGCAAAGUCCAUUCGGAGCGAUGAGGUUGAGAGGCAAAUCGGGGAGGUUGACCCGAUAUACGAGGCCAAACUGGUCAGGAAAUUGGAUCUCCACAUCAUUCCGGUGGUAAUGCUGCUGUAUUUACUCAGUUUUCUCGACAGAGUAAACAUAGGAAACGCUCGGUUGUACGGCCUCGAAGAAGACCUUGGCCUCAACUCUAGUCAAUUUCAAAUAGUUGUUUCGAUCCUCUUUGUUACUUACAUCUUGUCUGAACUACCCUCCAAUCUUGUCUUGAAGAAGCUGCGACCUUCCCGAUGGAUUGCAUUCAUAACUGUAGCGUGGGGCAUCAUCGCCACGUUGACAGGUACUGUAAAAUCUUUCGGCGGAAUGAUAGCCUGCCGUCUUCUCCUCGGCGCUGUGGAAGGAGGACUCUUCCCUGGGAUGGCCGUGUACCUGACCUUCUUCUACACCAAGCGCGAGCUGGCGCUUCGCAUCGGCUACCUUUUCGUCUCCUCUGCUCUUGCAGGAGCCUGCGGCGGCCUACUCGCGUACGGAAUUGGCCACAUGGAUGGUGUAGCCGGUCAACGCGGUUGGCGAUGGAUUAUGAUCAUCGAAGGGAUUCCGACUUUCUGUCUUGGUGUCGCAACAUGGUGGAUCCUCCCCGACAACCCUGAGAGCGCAUACUUUCUUAACGACCAGGAAAAGGCGUACGCAGCGGCCCGUCUCAAGCGCCAAACAGGCUACACGAAGCAGGCUGCCGAGUUCCACUGGGAUGAUGUCAAGAAGUGUUUCAAGGAUUGGAAAGUCUGGCUAUUCUGCUUCGCGCAGUUCGGAAGCGACACCAUGCUCUACGGAUUCUCGACGUUCCUGCCGACCAUCAUCAAGGCUAUCAUGCCCAAAGCAUCAAGUGCGCUAGUCCAAGUUCUGACGAUCCCCUGCUAUGCAACUGGCGCUAUCACGUAUCUCAUUGUAGCGCGGUUCUCCGACAAGCAGCAAAAGCGCGGAAUGUACAGUGUCCUGCUCGGCGUUAUCAGUAUCGUGGGCUAUGCGAUGCUGAUCAGCCCGAGCAGUUCUGGGGUGCACUAUGCAGGCUGCUUUUUAGUGGCUAUGGGACUUUACGUCUGUGUUGGUCUUCCGUUGGCCUGGCUGCCCACCAACCUCCCGCGAUACGGAAAGCGAACAAGUGCUACGGGUUUGCAGUUGACGAUUGGCAACUGCGCAGGCAUAAUGUCUUCAUUCCUGUAUCCCACCAAGGAAGGACCUCGUUUUAUCAAAGGCCACGCCGUUACUAUGGCUAUGGUCGCUUUUGCUAUCACUUGCUAUGCCGUCAUGUGGUUUCAUCUGGGUAGGCUCAACUCGCGGCGCGAGAAGGGUGAGGAAGAACAUCUGAUUGAGGGUAUGAGUGAUGAAGAGAUUGCAGAGCUGGGUGAUGACAGCCCAAGGUUUCGCUACACUGUCUAGAAAACUGGAUGAGAACAAUGAAAUAUUUCACGUGCGGGAAAGUGUAUACAGUGAUAUUGUCCGUCCAUGAACUAGAUAGAUAGUACCUUAAAUAUCGCCUCUG